UUUUUAUAGCCAUCAGUUGGCAUUUCUGUCUCCAAACAGCUGUUUUAUUGCGAAUUAGCGGCGCUCGAUAACGACUUCAGCUGCAGAUAAGCUCCAGACUGUCAUUGAAUAAUGAAGUUCCUGCAGACAAUUCGCAAGAUGAGCCAAGCAACAUCGGAGGUGCCUCUUUCGGCACUGCGCCUAAAGUACCAUGAACGCAAGGACGCCUUUCUGGAGGACAAUAUCAAGGUGAAGAACCCUUUCUGCGUGUUCCGUGACUGGCUGGAGUUGGCCCUGAAAACACCGGAGAUUCUGGAGCCCAAUGCCGCCGCGCUGGCCACGGUGAGCGCCGAGGGCAAGCCCUCCAAUCGCUAUGUGCUGGUCAAGGAGGCCACCGCCGAGGGAUUUACCUUCUUCACCAACUACGGAAGUCGAAAGGCGGACGAGAUCAAGUCCAAUCCCAAUGUGGCCAUAUCCUUCUACUGGCUGCCCUUGCGACGAAGUGUCCGCAUCGAGGGCGUGGCCGAGAAGAUCUCGCCGGAGGACUCCCUCAAGUACUUCCACCAGCGACCCAGGGCCAGUCAAAUUGGAGCCGCUGCCAGCCCGCAAAGCCAGCGGAUUCCAUCGCGGAGCUACUUGGACGAGGUGGAGGCGGGAAUCAAGUCGCAACUGGGUUCCGACGGCGAGGUUCCACUGCCAAACUGGGGCGGCUACCUGGUCCGCCCCGACCUCAUUGAAUUCUGGCAGGGCCAGACCGAUCGCCUCCACGACCGCAUCCGUUUCAGACGAGGUGCUGGAGUGGAAUCCGAGGUCGACGGGAAACUGGUCCACAAGGGAGAGGAUGGCUGGGUCUACGAGCGCCUGGCGCCCUAAACAAAGGGAUCUGGAGUUCAGCAACAGAUGCAUUAAGAAUGUCUUCCAAACGUAGUUGAUAUGUGCAGGGAAUUAGAAGUAUGUUAAAAUUGAUUUGUGAAUAAACUCAAACCACAAAUUAUUAGUGGAUAUAUGAACUUAAAUAACGAAA